UUGCUUUGGCAUCCGCCAAUCCUCACCAGUUCAAGAGAAGACCCCAAACCGAAGCUCAAUACUGCACGGUCGAAUGUCAAGAAAAAUAUAAAAAAUGUAUUAAAGGUUGUGGUUCUUAUGGCAAUGAC